GAUGCUAAUUUUAAUGUAUGCAGUCGCGCUUCUCUACGACAGCACACAGAUGCUCAGUUUUGCUGUAGGGACGGGGAUGCUGGAAACUCAUUUGCAUGCCGAACUGCUAUCUUAAUGUGGAUAUUUAUUUUAAUUUAAUUUCUUACCCGCACAUACCGCACGGGAAGCUUUUGUGGCAAAGUCACAUUAACCUCUGGCUAGUUAAUAUUCAGCUGGCGAAGUCCCCCAGCACUUGAUGAAUAUUCAUGAGGUGGGCGAGGCCGUCCCCUCACUCCUCCUCCAGCUCCAUGGCGCUCGCGCGGACAUGUUUAUUUCUGCAAGCGGCAGCGCACGCGGCCAUCAUCAUCAUCAUCGUCAUCCUCAUCGUCCUGCAGCUCGGUCUGCGCGUGACAGUCGCUCAGCUCAGUAUGGCAAACAAGAGCGUUUUGCCCACCAAAGAGCGCUCUCUGAAGGGCAGGGAGGAGAAAAUGGUCGUGGCAGCAAAGCACGCCGCAAAUGGGAACCCCACAGUGGAGCCAUUUCCUGAUGGCAUGGAGAUGAUCAUGUUUGGAAUGGGCUGUUUUUGGGGAGCAGAGAGGCGCUUCUGGAGGAUUCCUGGCGUGUUCUCUACUCAAGUGGGCUACUCUGGAGGCUUCACACCUAACCCUACCUACCAUGAAGUGUGUUCAGGUUUAACAGGGCACACGGAAGUAGUGCGAGUGGUCUUCUCUCCUAAAGACGUCAGCUUAGAGAAACUUCUCAAAGUCUUCUGGGAAAGCCAUAACCCCACUCAAGGAAUGGCACAGGGGAAUGAUCAUGGUACGCAGUAUCGUUCUGCCAUCUACACCUACAGCCCAGAACAGCAAGAGCUGGCCAUGAGAAGCAAGCAUGUGUACCAGGAGGCUCUAAAUAAGAAAGGCCUGGGUGAGAUCACCACCGAGAUCCGAGAGCAGACUGAAUUUUACUAUGCUGAAGACUAUCACCAGCAAUACCUGCACAAGGUGCCUAAAGGAUACUGUGGGUUAAAGGGCACAGGUGUCACAUGCUCUAUCAGAGGAGAGAAGGAUGAACUCUGACUCGGGGCACACAGACAUUUUUCUGCUAUUUAAAGGAAUACUUCCCCCAAAAAUGAGUAUUAUGUUGAUUCACUCUCAUGUUGUUCCAAACCUGUAUGAAUUUCUAAGAAUUUCUUUCUAAUAUUCUUCUGCAUUAACUAAAAUGAAACCCAUAACAAAGUUUUUUCAUUACUUUAAAUAAAAAAACUGUAAAUGUAAUUAAAUAGAAUGUUGUUGUUGUUUUUUCAGGUAGGCAACAUUUCUUCUUUUUGUUUAGUUUAACUUG